GGAAGCGCCGCUCGGUGCCGCCGCCGGUCGCUCCGCCAUGUCGCCGGUGCGGGCGGUGCUGGCGCUGGUGGCCGCGCUGGCGGCCCCGGCCGCCGCCUACUUCGUCAGCAUCGACGCGCACGCCGAAGAGUGCUUCCUGGAGCGCGUGCCGUCCGGCACCAAGAUGGGGCUCAUCUUCGAGGUGGCCGAGGGCGGCUUCCUGGACAUCGACGUGGAGAUUACAGGCCCCGAUAAUAAAGGGAUUUAUAAAGGCGAUCGAGAGUCCAGUGGAAAAUACACCUUUGCUGCCCACAUGGAUGGAACUUACAAGUUUUGCUUUAGCAACAGGAUGUCCACCAUGACUCCCAAGAUAGUGAUGUUCACUAUCGAUAUCGGGGAAGCUCCCAAGGGGCAAGACAUGGAGACAGAAGGUGGUGGAGAUACCUGGGAUGCUCAUCAGAACAAGCUAGAAGAGAUGAUUAACGAGUUAGCAGUGGCCAUGACAGCUGUGAAGCACGAGCAGGAGUACAUGGAAGUCCGUGAAAGAAUACACAGAGCAAUUAAUGACAACACAAACAGCAGAGUGGUUCUUUGGUCAUUCUUUGAAGCCCUUGUACUAGUUGCCAUGACACUGGGACAAAUCUACUACCUGAAGAGGUUUUUUGAAGUCCGAAGGGUGGUGUAAGAUCCUUCUGUGGUCUCAGAUUUCAGUUCACUCUCUACCAAACAUCCUGGUCACAAAAAAAAAAAAAAAAAAGUCAUUUAGUUUCUGAACCCUCUUUACUGAACUGUAAAACUUAUUUGCUUAUAUUCCUUCCUAGUUAAGAAAAAAAAAAAAGAGAAUUGUUUUUAUAUAUCUUCUGUAGCAAAAGCUGUGCUGAAAUCUUGUCACUUUAUUGGCAUCAUUUUGUUCCACUGAGAUCUGCCCAGUCUGUGUGCUAAGCAAGGUCCAGGCAAGCUGCAAACUCUGUAACUCACUCUAGUAACAAGCUGUUCUGUCUUUCCUAACUUGUUUCCACAAGCACUUGCAGUUCUGUCCAGGGAAACGGUACAAGGCCCUAAGGUGACUGUUUGCAUCCUUAACCCUGCAGUAGGUGUUAUGAAAUUGAAAUAAUCCCUUCUCCACUCACAGAAACUGCCAAGGAAAGGUUAAAAUUCACACCUAGUUGCUAUUUAAAAGACAGUCAUCAGCAACUGUCUUACCAACUUCUUCCCAAAGUUCUUUUUAAUUAAAUAGUUGAUAUGAAAA